AUGAUAAGUUUAUACAAAUUACUCGCUACGCUCAUAAAAAACGGGCUACACAAUAACCCACUCUCUCUUCGCUCCUUCUUCCUUACCUGCGCAAACUCCCUCGACACCGCACGCUAUGCCGCAUCCCUCUUGCUCCGUUUUCCCAUCCCACCCGACCCAUUUUCCUACAACACAAUCAUCAAACAAGUCGCACCCCAUUCUCCCACCCUCGCCCUUUCUCUAUUUUCCCAUAUGCACCGUAACUCCGUCCCCUUCGACCACUUCACUUUCCCACUCAUCCUCAAACAGCACCACCCCUACCACCUUCACUCUCUCAUUCUGAAGCUCGGUUUCCACUCCAACAUCUUCGUUCAGAACGCGCUUAUUAAUGCUUAUGGUUCUUGUGGCUCACUCCAUCUUGCAGUCAAACUGUUCGACGAAAUGUGUCAGAGAGAUUUAGUUUCUUGGUCUACUUUAAUCGCUUGUUUCGUUAAUAACAACCUUCCCGCUGAAGCGAUUUCGAUUUUCCAACAAAUGCAGCUUGAUCACCCUGACAUUGUGAGUUCCAUUGAUGGGGUUAUUAUGCUGAGUGUUUUAUCUGCGGUUUCGAGCUUAGGUGUGCUUGAAUUAGGUGUCUGGGUUCAUUCUUUUAUUUCCAGGAUAGGGCUUUUAAUUACUGUUCCAUUGGGUACUGCUCUUAUUAAUAUGUAUUCUAGAUGUGGGUCCAUUGAUCGUUCUGUUAAAGUGUUUGAUGAAAUGCCUCAUAGAAAUGUAGUUACCUGGACUGCAUUGAUUAAUGGGCUUGCUGUUCAUGGACGGAGUAGGGAAGCUUUGAAAGUGUUUGAUGACAUGAAGGAGUCUGGUUUGAAGCCUGAUCGGGCUUCAUUUAUAGGUGCGUUGGUGGCUUGUAGUCAUGGUGGUCUUGUGGAGGAUGGUUGGCGGGUUUUUGAAAGCAUGACAAAUGAGUUUGGAAUUGAACCUAUGCUUGAGCAUUAUGGUUGUAUGGUUGACAUUCUUGGUCGUGCAGGGCUUCUUGUUGAAGCUUUUGAGUUUGUGGAGAAAAUGCCUGUGAAACCAAACUCUGUUAUUUGGAGGACUUUGCUUGGGGCGUGUGUGAAUCAUAAUCAUCUUUUGUUGGCUGAAAAGGCUAGGGAAAGAGUCAAAGAGCUUGACCCUCAUCAUGAUGGUGAUUUUGUGCUUUUAUCAAAUGCAUAUGGUGGAGUUGGUAACUGGGGUGGUAAGGCUGGCUUGAGAAAUUCUAUGAAGCAAAAUAGAAUUGUCAAGGAACCUGGCCUUAGUUUUAUCCAUAUUGAUCAAGUGGUUCAUGAGUUUGUCUCUGGUGAUCAUUCUCAUCCACAAUGGGAGGAGAUUACACAUUUUUUAGUUUCAGUUAUAGAUACUUUAAAACUUGGAGGUUACACCCCUAAUACUUCGUCUGUGUUACAUGAUAUUCAAGAGGAAGAAAAAGAGCAUUGUGUGGGUUAUCAUAGUGAGAAAUUGGCAGUGGCUUUUGUGCUUCUUCAUCAUAGGGAUAGAAGGACCAUUAGGGUCAUUAAGAAUCUUAGGAUUUGUAAUGACUGUCAUGACUUCAUGAAGCAUGUUUCGGGUAUCUUUGACAGAGAGAUUAUUAUUAGAGAUCGAAAUCGGUUUCAUCAUUUUAGACAGGGAUCGUGUUCUUGUCAAGAUUUUUGGUAA